UUAAGAUUGAUUUUGAUUAAUCUUUUCUGAACUUAUUCUUAAGUUUAGAAUAUUUGACAAGAGACUUCUUAGGUCCCUCAGAGUAUAUCUGAAAAGCAUUGAAAAUUGAAUUUGGUAUUUCUUGAUGUGGCCCAUGUUUUUUAAUAAUGUGUAUUAUCCUGAGAACAUUAUUGUAUUGAUUGUGAGUAACGGUUCUGUACAUGUUAUUGCUUCAACCAACCAACACGCACUUGUUCUUUAAUAGAAUAUGCUUUAUAAGUAUAUUCGGUGAGAGUUUGACUUAAAAACAGUAUGUCUAUUGUUUAGAACAAUAAGGGAAUAAAAAACGACCAGCCUGGUCAGAUAUUAUUAUAAUGUAGGUAUUAUUAUAAAAAAGCCUGCACUCAAGCUACAUGUUGUGUUUUAUAUCUGUAGAUAUUUAGAAUACAUAAAAAUGUCGGACAAAGAAGAUGUGGGAUUGUCCUCACCUAAAUCAAAUCAUUUCGCUGAAGAAGAGGAAAAAGUAGAAGACGAUAACUCUGUCUUUACAAAUGGUGAUAUUGAAAACGAAUACGACUUCGGUAGUGCUAGUAGCAGGCGCGAGUCUGACGAAGAUUCAUGGGAGACUGUAUCGGAAGAAAUGAGAGCAGAGGCGAUGGAGCAUGAAAAUGAAGGGCAAUGCUGUUGUAACGCCUGUUCUAUGAAAUCAAUGAUGCUUUCCACAAGACUGCAAAACAGGAGCGAGUAUCUGGACACUUCGUUACCAGAAAAUGUUACAAAGGUCGUCACGGAGACUGGGUCUAGUAUAUAUGUUGUGGGCACUGCUCAUUUCAGUGAAGCAAGUCAAGACGACGUGAAAAGGGUUAUACAAUACUUGUCGCCCGACGUUGUCAUGGUAGAGUUGUGUCCAAGUCGUGUUGGUGUUUUGAAAUACAACGAAGAAGAACUUUUGAAGGCUGCACAGGAUGUGAGUUUAGCGAAAUUAAAAAUGGCUAUUAAAGAUAGCGGAAGCGUUAUUAGUGGCGUAAUGCAAUUACUGUUGUUGAGUAUGUCAGCCCAUAUUACGAAACAGUUGGGGAUGGCUCCUGGUGGAGAGUUUCGUGUUGCAGCUAAGCAGGCCAAAGAGAUCCCUGGUUGUCGAUUAGUGUUGGGGGAUAGACCUAUACAAGCAACGCUUGGUCGCGCAAUGGCUUCGUUGUCUGUCUUUCAGAAAAUUAAGUUAGGUUGGCAUUUAUUGUUUUCGAAAGAUAACAUCACAAAAGAAGACGUCGAAAAAUACAAACAAAAGGAUAUGAUAGCUGAAAUGUUAGCUGAAAUGACUGGCGACUUUCCGGAACUGUCUCGAGUAUUCGUUGAAGAGCGCGAUCAAUAUAUGGCACAAAUGCUGGUGCACUGUGCCAACAUGGUGAAGAAUGAUCUUCCUGCGUAUAUAUAUUUAAACAACGGCAGUGAAAGUAGUAGAGAGAAAGAUAAAAGCAGCAAGAAUAUUGAGGACGAAGAACAAGAGCCUGCGAAACAAUCCAAAGAAGCAGGAGACGAACGAGUCGUUAAAAAGGACGGCAAAAGCUGCGAGGAAGAAAACAGUGAAAAGACGGUAGAAAGUAUAUCUAGGUCGGAUUAUAAUCCAGUUAUUGUUGGCGUCGUCGGAAUCGGUCAUAUGAACGGUGUCAUUGAAAAUAUCGGAAAAGAAGUGGACAUGAACGCUUUAAAUGAAGUGCCCCCUCCUUCAUACGCAAAUCGUGCAUUCAAAAUGGCACUUAAAGCUGCGGUGGUCGCGGCUGUUAGUUGGGGUGUAUAUUCAGUUAUAAAUUGGGUGAAGUCUUAAAUUAAUACAACAUUUUUUUAUUCGUAUUAGUAAAUUGUUUUUUCUGUAAAAUAAUUUAUAUUAGAAAAUAUAGAAUGGUGGAAUAUAUGUUCAGUUUAGGAAGCUAGACCAUUAAGUUUAAAAGGCUUUGCACAAAAGAAAGAUAGAAGAGUACCUUAUUUAUACUGCUUUUCGCUCAGCAGGAAAAUAUCUAUUUCGCGAAAUUUUACGCAAUAUUAACAAGAACAAUACGUUUUCCGUGUUUUAAUUAUCGCGCAAGUUUAAAUUCCCCCGUAAAAUUAAGGGUUUUGAAAUACGCAUAGUUUUCUUUUGUAAUUUUUUUUAAAUCUCGCGCACCAACGAACAAUUUUGAGUAAUUGCGCGUGGACCUAAUUCGUAUACAUUUCUGCGGAUAUUUAAUUUCCAGAUAAAUCAUUCAAAUCAUUUAACACAUCAAGGUUUAUUUGAAUAGGUAUUACAGGAGUAAAGGGUCACCUUUUUGUAAACAUGAAUAGAAUAUAUGAAAACCAACUUGA